AUGAGGACCCUGGCCCGGGGAUCCUCGUCGGUCCGUGCUGCCCCGCGCCUCGCCAUUGCCAGCGCUGCCCCCGUUGCGCGCCGCGGUUUCGCCUCCACUUCCAUCAUGGCCGACGCCAAGUUCCGCUCCGAGAAGGACACCUUUGGCCCUCUGCAGGUCCCCGCCGACCGAUACUGGGGCGCACAGACUCAGAGGUCCCUGCAGAACUUUGACAUUGGCGGUCCCCAGGAGCGCAUGCCCGCACCCCUGAUUGAGGCUUUUGGCGUGCUCAAGAGGGCCGCCGCCACCGUCAACAAGCAGUUUGGCCUCGACGCCAAGGUGGCCGACGCAAUCUGCCAGGCCGCCGACGAGGUCAUUGCCGGCAAGCUCCACUCGCACUUCCCCCUCGUCGUCUUCCAGACCGGCUCGGGCACCCAGACCAACAUGAACGUCAACGAGGUCAUCUCUAACCGCGCCAUCGAGAUCCUCGGCGGCGAGCUGGGGUCCAAGAAGCCCGUCCACCCCAACGACCACGUCAACAUGAGCCAGUCGUCCAACGACACCUUCCCCACGGCCAUGCACGUCGCCUCAGUCACCGAGAUCACGCGCUCGCUGCUGCCGGCCCUCGAGGAGCUGCGCGUCGCCCUCGACGCCAAGCGCGCCGAGUUUGACGACAUCAUCAAGAUCGGACGCACCCACCUCCAGGACGCCACGCCCCUCACGCUGGGCCAGGAGUUCAGCGGCUACGUCAAGCAGGUCGAGAACGGCAUCGAGCGCGUCAAGGCCGUCAUCCCAAGGCUGAGCAUGCUCGCCCAGGGCGGCACCGCCGUCGGCACGGGCCUCAACACCUACAAGGGCUUCGACGUGGCCGUGGCCAAGGAGAUCUCCAACAUCACCGGUCUCCACUUUGAGACGGCGCCCAACAAGUUUGAGGCCCUCGCCGCCCACGACGCCAUUGUCGAGGCGUCGGGUGCGCUCAACACGGUGGCCGUGUCGUUCAUGAAGAUUGCCAACGACAUCCGCUACCUCGGCUCAGGCCCGCGCUGCGGCCUGGGCGAGCUGAGCCUGCCGGAGAACGAGCCGGGUUCGUCGAUCAUGCCGGGCAAGGUCAACCCGACGCAGUGCGAGGCACUCACCAUGGUCGCCGCCCAGGUCAUGGGCAACAACACGACCAUCUCGGUCGCCGGCUCGUACGGCCAGUUUGAGCUCAACGUCUUCAAGCCGGUGCUAAUCAAGAACCUGCUGCAGAGCAUCCGCCUCCUCGCCGACGGCGCGCGCUCCUUUACCAAGAACUGCGUCGUGGGCAUCGAGGCCAACCGCGACACGAUCAAGAAGAUCCUUAACGAGUCGCUCAUGCUCGCCACCAUCCUCAACAGCCACCUCGGCUACGACAACGUCGCCGCCGCGGCCAAGAAGGCGCACAAGGAGGGCACCAAGCUGGUCGACGCCACGGUCGAGCUCGGCUUCCUGACGCGCGAGGAGUUCGAGAAGAUCGUCAGGCCCGAGUUUAUGCUGGGCCCUGACGACUACCCCAAGAAGAAGUAG